UCACUAGACUUAGCAACUGUAACCGCACCGACCCCUGAGGCGAGUCAGCCCACUCCGGAGCGCACUUCUUCUCACUUGAAUACUGAGUGCGCCUCCUGCACGGGUGGCGUGAAGCGGACCCAGAAAUCAACCAGCCAAGUCGGGCGGCUGCUGCUUGGACCGGGCGCCUUCCCGACGUCUCCUUUGAAAGCGUUCUCUUCACUUUUUGUCGUUGGCCUUUUGCAACUACCGGCGGGCAGAGAGAAGAAGCUGCGCAUUUAAGUCUCUUUGAUAUUCUUUUUUUUUUCUCUUGAGCUUCGGCUGCGGGCUGUUAAGAGACAGCGGGGACUGAGAGCUCGUCUCGCCGAUGACUAUUUUGGCACUUGUUAGUUCUUUUUUUCGGUCUUUGGAGGCUUUUUAUUUUUAUUUGUAUUUAUUUAUUUUUUUGAGCUGCGCAUUGAAGCAAGAAAGCCAAGAGCGCGCACAUGCUGCCGUGCGCUUAAACGGCGUGAUUUAGAAUGUUUGCGGUCUUUUGUCACAGUGGAGCAGCUCACUUGAUUUGGCGUUAGCUUUUUAGCAGCCACACCCCCUAUUCGUUGUUGGGGAGAAGGUAAAUGAGGUCUGAGCAACUGAUUUCAAUUGCUUUCCAUUAAAAGAUGACAUUUUCCUAAAUCUUUUUACUCCUCAAGAGCGGAUCAUUUUGGUUGCAAUUUACAUUAUAUUAAAAAAAAAAAAGACUUGUAAUUUCAAUACAUAUAUUUAUUUAUGCACAUCAACUUCCAUCAGUGACAGAUGACUCGACCUCCAGUUUAUAAAGUCCAUCCAAUCAGCCAGUUAACUAACAGCCGCUGAGGAAGCGCUGCCGUUCACUCGUCCACAUUGUGUUCCUGAAUGGCCAGAGAGAUGGAUUACUUUGUGACCAGCAAGAUCCUGAGCUACGUCCUGUGGGUCAGCCUGUUCUCUUUAUGGACGCUGGUCACUUUAGUGCAGAAUUCCAAGAACGCAGAGAUGGAUCCUGACAUACCAGUUAACCAAACACAGGUUCCAACAGAAGCAACCAUACCCACCCCAGAAACUGACCUCUUGGACCCACCGAUGGGUAGCCGAUGCAGAGGCUACUAUGAUGUCAUGGGCCAGUGGGACCCCCCUUUUAACUGUAGUGUAGGGGUGUAUUUAUACUGCUGUGGCACAUGCGGCUACAGGUUCUGCUGUCAGUUUCGACACGAUCGACUGAACCAGAAGGCCUGCUCCAACUAUGAUACUCCAAACUGGGCCAACACGGGCAAACCCCCAGCCCCUAUAAAUGAAAUUCACAAUGACCCAGACAGAGACCGGACGAAUAUGAUUGUGUAUGUUAUCUGCGGGGUGGUGGCAAUUAUGGUCCUAGUGGGGAUUUUCACCAAGCUUGGGUUGGAGAAGUCUCAAGGCCCACAGACUGAUAUGACCUCUUCAAGGACGCUCACGGAUCUCCUCAAGCAGCCUGGUGCAGGACCGGGUGACCACAUCCGAGUGGACGGGACAGGGGGGAGCAUACAGGUGCCCAUUGGAGGAAAUGGCCUCUCCACCAGGACGCUGAGAAGUGGAACAGAUCUGAAUCAUCUGAACAACGCCACGGUGGUUCCAUUGGGAUCUCAGCUUGGACUGGCACACCCUCACAACAACUUGAGUACCACUCUGUCACUUCCUGGACCUCAUUACAACAAGUAUGCUUCACUUAAAGCUGUCGCUGAAACAGCUGCAAGCGAGUAUUACAAACGCUUUCCUAUGGCAGACCUCACGGCUCCAGGAACACCAACAUUUCAGCCUGUCAGCCUACACACCAAGGACAAAUCCCUGCAGCCCACGUCGGAUAUUCACACCCCGCUGACCAUUGCAGUGACCUCCACUCCCACGCAGAAGACUAAAGUGAGUAAGACCAACACACACCCUCUGACAUCCUGCUCUGCCUUCCAGGCCUGGGACCCAAGUAAGAACCAUCCGCCUACUCACACGGGCAAUCGGCGCCACGCUUAUACUAACAAGCGGCAGUUCAGCAUCGAGACACUGCCAGAGCUCUUCACUCAACCUCUGGGCUACGGGACCCAGUCAGCAGGACACACUAACAGGCCGUACAGCACCAACAGCAAGACAGAAGUCACAGUGUAAAAGAUGCACUUUGGGGGCUCUCGUCACAAAGGGUGCCCACCAAUCCCUUCUUUCUUUGCCACCCACCUACUGCAGUGGCUGACUUGCCAACUUCUCUUCUCUCAGCACUUUCAAACAUGUUGCAUUUUCACAUAGGGACAGGCGUCUCCCUACAACGGAUUCCUAAAUUCUCUUCUAUGGUCUAUUUUAUAUUGGUUUGUUGUGAAGAAUAAAAACUUCUUGUGCCAAUGUCGACGAUGCCCAAAGCCAAGAGAUCAUGCGAGACUGAAAGCCUGGUUUUAUUUGUGCCUGGGCCAGUGCUGAGCAUUCUACAAACAAUAACCGCCGUACAGAGCCAAACGGGCUACCAUGAUCUGCCAGUGAUCUAUGAGUACCAGCCCUCUGUGACCCCUUGAGCAAAGGAUGCCUUGACACAAGUCAGUCAGGGUCUGCAUCUAGAACUGAAGGUCCUCUACGGACGCAUUAAAGUGCAAAGAUAGUGCAGCUUUUUUGGGAAUCAAACUAUGGUAAUAUCAGAAGUGAAAUCACACAGCCACAUCUGAGCCUACAACCAUGCAGCUCAUUUCCUUAACUUUGAAAAUCGGUCCGAUGUUCUGUAGGCCUCACUAGGGGUCCCUUCUGUUAUAUGGUGGACAGAUUAAUGGCGAGCACUGGGCCCACGACAACAAAAACGUGAAUUAUGGUCUCGCCGUGGACUUUUGAAUUUAUUUAUGUUGACUCUGACCUGUGACUGCUAAACUGAGCCUUAUCCUCUAUGAUUUAGCAGAGAAAGAAGGACGGAGCAAAUACAUGAGCAGAAAUCAGUUACGACAGCUCCGCCAUUCUGGGGUGUUCUAGGACCCCAUGUAGCAAUGCACAGCGGCAGCCGAGAUCUUAAAGCCAAUCCUUUACUUUGAGCUCAUCUUACUUCAUUAUGUCCUGAGGGAUCCACAAAAAACGGCAAUAGUAAUCAAGGCCUGGCGUCGCGAUGGUGGCCAAGGUGUCAGAUUUAACGCUAACCAUCACAUUUGGCACGGGUUUUUCUCUCAGAGCAGAUGGCAUUUUGAGACAGCUAUCCAAAUCAUGAAAGUCCCACUGAUAUUUCAAAUGCAUCAGCACUGCACUUUCUUGGACAUGCUACAAAAUUCCAAAUGAUAGAGCAGGGAGAGACUGAUCCCAACAUGAAAUAAUCAACUUGACUGUCUGCAAAUUGUGUGAAAUAAGCAUGCUGGAAAGAAAGGAACUGGAGAACAUAAGAAAUGUUCAAUUGGAAAUUCUGCAAAGGAUUACGGCGUAUGAAAACGCUCCAAGCAAACUGAGGACUUACGCGUGAAAUACAUGAAUGUAGGCUUUAAUCAAUUAACCAACACACAAAAUAUGAAAUAUCUGGGAAAGGAGUUAAUAGUAAGACGCCUGACAGCUACCAACAGUAAAUGUGGAAGAUCACAUUUUAAAGGGUUAAGACAUUUCUCAACACACCUGAACAAAAUGUAGGGACUUGGAAGGAUGUUAAUGUGUAAAUGGAAGAAACAUGAGAGCAUCCAAAUAAACAUAAUUAGAAAAAGAAACAGUCAUAGUUCCAAGAGUGAACAAACUAAAGGAGUACAUUCUAAAAUAUAAAUAUGUCCGUUUUAAAUAGGAGGAUACGUUACGCUUAGACACAAUCAGAGUCACAAUUGAUGGCUAGUCACACUCACACAAGGAAACUAGUUUACCACCAUGAAUGCUGGGAGAAUAUGCCAACUCCAUACCGGUCACAUCUAGACUGGAAUUUAAUACUGGACUGUGAAGUUGUAAGGUGGGUCCUGCGGAACACUCGCCUGCAAUCUAAAACUAUAAAUGAAAAACUAAAUGCAGAGUUCUGAGAUCUUACAUAUGUAAAGUCUGUAUAAAGUAACAAAUACAAAAAUGUAAAUGUAAGUACUAACAGCAGGAAAUUGUGAUUUUAAUGAGGAAUAUAAGGAGGAAGAAUUCAGGAACAGCUGAAAAUGUAAAGUGAAUGUCAAAAUAACUGCAAUACAGACAAAUAAAAAUAUAAGGUAAUGCUGCACUGCUCAUUAAUGCAUCCUAGUGGAACGUACAAUAAUACAUUUCUCUCUGUGCGGGUUUUAUGUUCACUCAGGUUGGUUGGCUGCCCUUCCUGAAGCUGAGGCUCUUUAGUUACCUUACCUUACAGUAACCUUAUUCAAUUCCAAAUCAUAGGACAACAAUAAUACAUCUGAAGGUAGAAGCAAGAGUAACAAAAUGUCCGCCAAACAAUAAUGAAAUUCAAGAAUGGUUAAAUGUACCAAGAAAUACUUCUGUGUAAGAUGUAAAUAUAUAUAAACACACCAACAAAUAUACACUGCUUAACUCGGAGUUACAGACUGAAGCAAUAUGCCAUACAGAAGUGAUAUAUUUUUUUAUAUACAGAGUGAGUCAAAAUUAUGUUAACAUUUACAAUUUACUGUAUUUACUCGUGUACCACG